AUUAAAACACACGUCGAGUCAAUAAAUACAUUCCAUAAUUUGAUCAUUUUUAUUUUCACACGUCCAAGUCCAAGUCCAAAAACUCUCUUAGGACAUGCCAGAGAUAUUGCGUUUGAUGGAUCUCACGGCCUCAUUCCUCAUGGCCGUUGUGUUUCUUGCAUCCCUGGUUAUGAUUGAUGCCGCACGUUCUCCAGUCGAAAAGCUCAACGAGGAUCCCAUUAAGUGCACACCUUGUAUCCAAAAUCCACCGCCUCCACCGUCUCCUCCUCCUCCUUCUUGUCCCUCGCCGCCUCCACCAUCUCCGCCACCUCCUUCUUCACCACCGCCUCCAAAAAUGUCCUACUGCCCACCGCCACCAAAGCAGGAGGUCUACUUUUCGCCGCCGCCGCCACCUCCCCCUCCACCGGGAGACUUGUACCCCGUUGACCAUGACUUCGGAGGAGCGGCUGCUGGAGAGAUGUUCACCACCGUUAAGCUGAUUGCGCUUCUAUUUAUCGGUUUCAUGGUUCUUUGAAAAUCAAGAGUGAUUCCUAGGAUUGUGGAAUAUCUCAAUUUUAUUGUUUUUAUUUAAUUUUAAUUUUGGAACUUUAGGAGGGGUUAUUGGUAGAAGAAUUCAAGAGGAGUUAUUAAAUUUUGAGAUUUCAUUGUUAUUGGUUUAUGGAUUUUAAAAAUUUAAUUAGAAUCCAUUGUUAUUGGGAUGAUGACUUUUAAAUUUCACUCAAAAUCUUUUGUUAUUGGAAAAGUUUAGUUUUCAUUGAUUUUAAGAUUCAAUUAAAAUCUAUUGUUAUUGGACUAUAAAUUCUCUUUGUUUUUACUCAUAAGACUAAACUUUGAGAAUAUUAUCUAUACCCAUAAGAUUUUUGAAAUCUAUGCAAUAAAAUACACUCGCAUACAAAAAC